GACGCUGAGCCCAGAGACGCCGCUUCAGCCACUCCCUACGCCGGCGGACUGAGCCGUCCCGACACGCCGCGCAGCUCCAUUCAAACAAAGUCCUGAGCCGGAUGAGAGGCGCGUCUGUCCUCAUCCCGCACGGCAGAAAAGUUAGAGGAAAGUCAGCGAGGGACAGGGCUUCAGGACACACUCCAGACCUGAGGAGGCACCCCGGGGAUCUUACUUUGUCCGCAGAGUGGAUUAUAACAAGGGGGGGAAGAACUUUUCCAGAAGAGAUAAAGAGGGGGGCGCAGCAGCAGCAGCCAAAAUGGAGGUGAAGACGUCACUUCUAGACAACAUGAUCGGGGUGGGUGACAUGGUCCUCCUGGAGCCCCUGUCCGAAGACUCAUUCCUGGAGAACCUGAGGAACCGCUUCGACCACAACGAGAUCUACACGUACAUCGGCAGCGUGGUGAUCUCCGUGAACCCCUACAGGUCCCUGCCCAUCUUCACGCCGGAGAAAGUGGAGGAGUAUCGCAACAGGAACUUCUACGAGCUCAGUCCACACAUCUACGCCUUGGCAGAUGAGGCCUACCGCUCGCUACGGGACCAGGACAAAGACCAGUGCAUCCUCAUCACAGGCGAGAGCGGAGCGGGAAAAACUGAGGCGAGUAAGCUGGUGAUGUCAUACGUGGCAGCGGUGUGUGGGAAGGGCCAGGAGGUCAACAAGGUCAAGGAACAGCUGCUGCAGUCCAACCCCGUCCUGGAGGCCUUCGGGAACGCCAAAACAGUGAGGAACGACAACUCGUCCCGAUUCGGGAAAUACAUGGACAUCGAGUUUGACUUCAAAGGCGAUCCUCUGGGUGGAGUCAUCAGCAACUAUCUGCUGGAGAAGUCUCGGGUGGUGAAGCAGCCGAGAGGAGAGAGGAACUUCCACAUCUUCUACCAGCUCCUGUCUGGCGCGUCUGAGGACACACUCAAGAAGCUGAAGCUGGGCCGGGACUUCAGCAAGUACAACUACCUGAGCCUGGACUCGGCCACGGUCAACGGCCUGGACGACGCCGCCAACUUCAGGACAGUCAGAAAUGCCAUGCAGAUUGUGGGCUUCAUGGAGGAUGAGGUGCAGUCGGUGCUGGAGCUGGUGGCGGCCGUGCUGAAGCUCGGCAACAUCGAGUUCAAGCCCGAGUCGCGCUGCAACGGCUUCGACGAGAGCCGCGUCAAGGACAAAAACGACUUGAAGGAGAUGUGUGAGCUGCUGGGGAUCGAACAGUCGGUGUUGGAGAGAGCGUUCAGCUACCGCACAGUGGAGGCCAAGAUGGAGAAAGUGUCCACCACGCUGAAUGUGGCCCAGGCCUACUAUGCUCGUGAUGCACUCGCCAAAAAUCUCUACAGUCGUCUGUUUAGCUGGCUGGUCACCAGGAUCAAUGAAAGCAUCAAGGCUCAAGCCAAAACCCGCCACAAGGUCAUGGGUGUGCUGGACAUCUAUGGCUUUGAGAUAUUUGAGGACAACAGCUUUGAGCAGUUCAUCAUCAACUACUGCAACGAGAAGCUGCAGCAGAUCUUCAUCGAGCUGACCCUGCGCGAGGAGCAGGAGGAGUACGUUCGAGAGGGCAUCGAGUGGACCAACAUCGAGUACUUCAACAACGCCAUUAUCUGCGACCUCAUUGAGAACAACCAGAAUGGCAUCUUGGCCAUGUUGGACGAGGAGUGCCUGAGGCCCGGGACGGUCACGGAUGACACCUUCCUGGACAAACUCAACACCGUCUGCGCCGAGCACCAGCACUUCGAGAGCCGCCUCAGCAAGAAUUCAAAGUUCCUCACCGACCACAGCCUGCCACACAGCUGCUUCCGCAUCCAGCACUACGCCGGCAAGGUGCUGUACCGUGUCGAGGGCUUUGUGGACAAGAACAAUGACCUGCUGUACCGCGACCUGUCGCAGGCCAUGUACAAGGCCAACCACAGCCUCAUCAAACAGCUGUUCCCUGAAGGCAACCCAGCCAAGGUCAACCUGAAGAGGCCACCAACCGCUGGGUUCCAGUUCAAGGCCUCAGUGGGAACCCUGAUGAGGAACCUGCAGACCAAGAACCCAAACUACAUCCGGUGCAUCAAGCCCAACGAUAAGAAGGCGGCCCACAUCUUCACCGAGUCUCUGGUUCGCCACCAGGUGCGCUACCUGGGCCUGAUGGAGAAUGUCCGCGUGAGGAGGGCCGGCUACGCUUUCCGGCAGCCCUACGAGCCCUGCCUCGAGCGCUACAAGAUGCUCUGCAAGCAGACCUGGCCUCACUGGAGAGGGCCGGCCAGGGAAGGCGUGGAGGUGCUGAUGGCAGACCUCCAGGUCCCGGCCGAGGAGCUGUCCUACGGCCGCUCCAAGAUCUUCAUCAGGAACCCCAGAACGCUCUUCUUCCUGGAGGAGAGGAGGAGGCAGUGCCUGCAGGACUUGGCUACGCUCAUCCAGAAGAUCUACCGUGGCUGGAAGUGCCGCACCCAGUUUCUGCUGCUGAAGAAGAGUCAGGUGGUGGUGGCCGCGUGGUACCGACGAUUCGCGCAACAAAAGAAAUACCAGAAGAUCAAGAGCGCCACCAUCAUGGUGCAGUCCUUCACCAGAGGAUGGAAGGCUCGCAAGCUCCUGAGAGAACUGAAAUACCAGAAGAGAUGUGAGGAGGCGGUCACGACCAUCGCGGCGUUCUGGCAUGGCACUCAGGCUCGGAUGGAGCUGAGACGUCUAAAGCAAGAGGCGCGGAAUAAACAUGCCGUGACAGUAAUUUGGGCAUACUGGCAGGGAACCAAGGCCCGGAGAGAGCUGCGUCAGCUGAAGGAGGAGGCGAGGAAUAAACACGCCGUGUCGGUCAUUUGGGCCGGCUGGCAGGGCACCAAGGCGCGCAGGGAGCUGAAGCGGCUGAAGGAGGAAGCCAGGCGUAAGCACGCCGUCGCUGUGAUUUGGGCCUUCUGGCAGGGACUGAAGGUCCGGCGUGAAUACAGGAAGUUCUUCAGGGCAAACGCCGGCAGAAAGAUCUACGACUUCACCAUCCAGAGAAUUAUGCAGAAAUACUUCCUGGGCUUGAAGAAAAACAUGCCCUCCAUGUCGCCCAUAGACAAGAACUGGCCGGCCCGGCCUUACCUCUUCCUGGACGGAGCCCACAGAGAGCUCAGGAGGAUCUUCCACCACUGGAGGUGCAAGAAGUACAGGAGCCAGUUCACCGAGGAGAAGAAGGCGGUUUAUGAGGAGAAGCUGGAGGCCAGUGAGAUCUUCAAGGAUAAGAAGGCGCUCUACCCCAGCAGCGUGAGCCAGCCGUUCAAAGGAGACUACCUGGAGAUCAGCAAGAACCCCAAGUACCAGAAGCUGCACAGCGCCGUGGACGAGAAGGUUCUGCUGGCCGACGUGGUCAACAAAAUCAACCGGGCCAACGGCAAGGGCGCCGCUCGUAUCUUCCUGCUGACCAAGAACAGCUUCGUCCUGGCUGACCAGAAGACGGGCCAGGUGAAGGCCAGCGUCCCCCUGCCCGACCUCACCAGCGUCUCAGUCAGCACCCAGAGCGACGGCUUCUUCGCUCUCAAACUCAAAGAGGGGUCUGCCUCAGCUGCCAAAGGAGACUUUUUGCUCAGCAGCGAGCAUCUGAUAGAGAUCAUCACCAAACUCCACCGCACCGGCGGCACCUCUGCAGACAGGGAGCAGCUCAACAUCGACAUCUCCGAUGAGUUCCUGGUGCAGUUCAAGCAGGACAAGGUGUGCGUGAAAUUCAUCCAGGGAGGCCCCAAGAACGGCAACAGCGUGUCCUGCAAGCGCAAGAACAACCGCCUACUGGAGGUGUCGGUGCCCACAACAGCGUAAAAAACAAAAAAAAAACAAACAAACAAAAAAAAAAACGCAGCCACCCACUUCUCCACUUACUCUCCAGCGCCAUUACUGAGUGUGCAGACUGGGGACAGUUAACCACCAAACCACCACCCGGCCCCGAACUCUGCUCUCAAGCACCUACACCCCGAGUCCCCCACCCUGAACCCCAAAAUGACUGUGCAAUUAUUCAACUUAUUUUGUUGUUGUUGGGUUUUUUGUUGUUGUUGUUGUUGUUGUUGUUGUUGUUGUUUCCUUCGGUCUCUUUUGAUCAGAUUUACUGCGACAUCGCCGUAGCGGCAACAACGCGCCGCCGCUUUUUUGGUAGAGAGAGCCCCCAUUGGGUUGCAUGCCACAGAGGUUUGAUGUUUUACUCAUGUCGUCUUGUAAAACUGGGGUGAAGAGAUGAGGGAAAAACAAAAAAAAAAAAAAAAAAAAAAAAAAAAAAAAUUAUUUUCUUGUUGGUGGAGCACAAGAGAUCUCUGUUUACCAGUGAUGAUGAUGUUAAUGAUGAUGAUGAUGAUGAUUGUCGAUGCCUGUAUGUUGAAUCAAUCUUCAGAGGUGUGUCAGGGUGGAGAAGUGAGAGAUGAGCCGCAGCCUCAUCCGGCUUUGGGUCAUCCAUUCUUGAUGAGCCUCUGACCGAGAAGACUCCCAAGAAUUAUGAUGAACAGAGAGGUUUUGCGCCGGGCAGAUUUAUUAUUCUCUGAGAAACAAAACAAAACUGAAUGACUGCACUUGUUUUCACUUGGGUGUGAUCAAACAAAAAAAAAAAAAAAAAGA